AUGUGGGAUGCGAUGGGAGUCAGAAUGGCCUACAUGCUGGCCUACCCCAUGGAGGGAGGUACUGUCAGAGUGGAAAUGAUGGACCUGAAUCAUAACAUUGGCGAAGCCACCGCUUUCAGUUCUCACCCCAGCUGGUUGACCGCCUUCAGUCCCAUCAGCAAGAACUUUGCAUAUUGGGCCCAGGGAGCAUAUGGGCUGACGGAGGCUGUUGUGGAGCUGAAGAAGAUGCCAGCUGCACCUAAGAGAGCGAUGGAUGCCAUCCGCCUGAACAAGAAUGGCUAUCUGCUCCUACCGCCAAUGUGCAGCUGA